AUGUCUUUGGCUUCCCAAAGGAGAGGGCCUUGGUCCCAACAGGAAGACGCCUACCUCAUGCAGCUUGUCAACGAUCAGGGCCCCUUGAAUUGGGUACGGAUUGCCCAAGCCCUGGGAACAAGGACACCAAAGCAAUGCAGAGAACGUUUUCACCAGAACCUCAAGCCCACUUUGAACCACGAACCCAUCACCCCCGAUGAGGGCGCUCAGAUCGAGCUCCUCGUCAACGAGAUUGGUAAGAGGUGGGCAGAGAUCGCAAGACGGCUGCACGGUCGCAGUGACAACGCCGUCAAGAACUGGUGGAAUGGAAGCCAGAACCGCAGAAAGCGUCACGAUCGUCGCAGAGCCAACCAAGGGAGCAGCUCCGGCUACGACGACCGCAGAUAUAACCCUUCUGGUUACCAGCGACCUACUCUCACUAUCAACUCCCACGCCGCCUCUCUCCCUUUCGCCAGACACGGCAUGUCGUCGCCCGUCUCCCCCGCCUUCUACGCUCACAGCCACUCUUACUAUCAACUUGAGUCACCUCUUCCGUCGCCCAACUCUACCUCUUCGCCCGGCAGUGAUGGUCUCGACAUGGAGACGUCUACCAUGUCCGACGCUGCCUCAAGCUACACCACGUCCCCCCAAUGUCUCUCGCGGGGUACAUCGCCGUCUAUCCAACUGGCCCCGCUUCGCAUGGACGAGAACUCAGCCCCCCGCUCGCUACCCUCCUUUGGCAGCCUUCUCAACGCUCCAGGCGAUAGGAAAGAAAACGGCCAUAUGCGCCUGCCCUCCCUCCCUUCGCAUCUCCUCACGGCACCCAAUUCGCCCGUGAGAAGCACAGUCCAAGAAGCCUUGCCGCCACCAUCUCCUUCAGCCGCGGAUAAGGACUCAAGGAUGGAUGUGUCCGCGCUCCUCGGUUGA